AUGGUGCGCCACGCAGCUGUGCAACGUCAUCCUCCCUUCCACGGGCAGGAUUUCCCGCUGCGCGCCGUUGCUCGCGCGAGGUACGUCGGUGUCCUCGUGGCGGCCCAGCGGCCAGACGCGGAACCGGCGCCGUGGCAGAGGCGCGAGAAGGUAUGGCACCCCGAGCUCGGCGAGGUGAUUGUCAAGCAUGGGUUCGCAGACACUCAGUGGCUGCGGACCCACAGCUCUUGGUGGCCGCGGGACGAGCCGCACUUCAACCGGGAGGCCGGCGUGUCCAGCCAUCCCCUGACCAUCAACGACGAGAGCGCGAAGCUUAUCCGACACCAGCUCGGCUCCCCGCGCUGCGCCUGA